AUGUCACUGAACAUGAUGAAGAUUGCCCUCGACAACGGCGUCCUGGCCUUGUCUAAGCGUGACCGGGAAUUUACCACCUUCCUGAACCUGAAGAAUGAGUACCACAGCGGGUUCAUCACGCGCCUGCGUCAGCAUGUGACAUAUGCGGGUUCGUCGUGGUCUGCUAUCUUUGAGGACGAGGAUGAGUGUGUCAAGUGCGCGGAGUCGUUUGCUGAGAAGUUUGGUGUAGAGUAUUGGGGGUCGGAGGCCAACAGGGAGAAGUAUCUCCUUAAGGAUCCGCUUCAGAGUCCUGAUGGUUUGUGUGUUUAUCCUGAGAGGAAGGAUGAGCUCGUCCGUGUUCUUGUGCUCCUUCUCAAGCUGAAAGCCAAACUUUGGGUCAACCGUAUCCAGAAGUCUGGGGAUGAUACUCCAACCACCACCGCCACCCAACGCCUCUCUGGUGAUACCAGUUCUCUGUCACUCGAGCAGACUCCAGGCACUGGUAACAGAAGAAUCGACGUCACCGAGCCCAGAAGACCCAGAAAGCGUGAGUCAUAUAAGAGAGCUCUCUCCCCCAGUGACGAAGAGAAAAAAGAUCCAUUCCAUCCUAAGUCCCCAGCCCUGUCCUCCUCCACCGAAGAAUCCGAGAGACCUACCAAAACCCGCAGAAUCCGCCGCUUCAGCGACAUCCUCGCAUCUGAGCAGGCCGACGAAAAGCCUAACAACAACAACGCUUCAGACAACGAGACCAUUUGCGAGAACCCCUCCACCUCCGCCUCCACCUCUCCCCCUCCCUCCCCCUCCCCCUCCACCAAACCCGAACCGACCUCAUCUCCCACCAGGCCAACUGCACCCGCCCGCGCCAACAUGCGAAACCCCCUCCACCCAAGCGCCCUGCAAACCAGAUUCGGCGACCAGACCUUCUUCCUCGUGCGCACCUCCGCCCAGCAGACCAUGGCCCCCGUGUGGGUCCGCUUCCAGCGCUUCCCCACCACAGCAGCCUUCAUCGAGCGUCUCGUCAACGAAACCAAGAUCCGCGCCUGGCAGACCUGGGACGCCGACGCGCAGCUUCUCGCCGAGAACAACAAUAACAACAACGACGUCGACGACGACGAAGACGACGAUGACGAAGACAACGGUGCUUCUCUCGCCCCCUUGCCGCGCGUGCUCGCCGCGUCGGUCUCGUUCUCCUGGUCAAGGCUGGAAAUGCGUCUGCGUCCGGACAGGAAUAAUGACUUCCAGUGUCUGCUGGGUGAGAUUAUGGAGGCUUGGAAGGCGAAGGUUGAGUCGGAGGUUCCGGGCCGUUUCUUUGUUAGGGUUACGCUUCAUGUUGAGCCUGAUGAGGAGUAG